CAUCAGCAUCCGGAACAGGACGGAGUAGUGGCACGUCCAGCCACUCUGGACAAACCCUGGAGCAACACAUGUCAAACAUGCAGGGGAAAGUGUGGAGACAUAUUGGAGGAAUGCUCCUGCCAUGCAACCUGUGCGUCUUUGCUGAACUGCUGUGCAGACUACAACCAGUCCUGUAUCCUGGUGACGCCUCACUCCAGCUCCAUGCUAGGUGGAAGAGCUCUCAGGAUCCUCAGUUUGGUCCUUCAUCCUAAUGGGCGACUUCUCUGCAGGUUUAAAGGUGAGAUUGUACGAGAGGGGUUUAUUGAUGCUGAAGGCCACGCCCACUGUAUCUCUCCUUUAUUGUAUGAGACGGGUUGGAUACCAUUUGAUGUCUCGACCGACGGAAUCAAUUUUGACAGAUCUGGAGAGUACUUGUCAGUCCACCCCAGUAAAGCAGACCCUGCUUUCGAAGUCGCCCUCGUGAAUGCAACACAGUGGCAGUACUAUGGAACACCAAACACAGCGGGCCGACUCAAGAUGACGUGGAACAGCUCUUUGAUUGGAGCAGAUAAGGUCAACAUAGAGCUGUGGGGUUACAGAGAGUUCAACGGGAGCACAGAGGCGGGGAUGAAGGGAUCAUCCUCUCUGCGGGCAGAGCUGAGCUACCUGUACUCUCUGGGCAGGGAUCUGGUCAACACUGGUGCCUUCAGCUUCAUCCCCGAGAGCUCAAAGGACUACUCUGACUGGGAGUUGGGGAAUAUACGCAUUGCUGCCAGUUCUAAGUCAGAUGGAGCAAGGGAUGUACAGGGACUCUGGAGUGGAGGUCAUGUCUUAGCCUGGCACUUGGAGCAGGCUUUCAGAGACGACUCUGCUGCCUGGGCCAAGAACAAGUGUUUGCAAUGGGACAUCAUGGAGAAAAAACUGCCCAACUUCCUCAAUGAGCUCAUUGACUGUCCUUGCACUCUGGCACAGGCCCGAGCAGACACAGGCAGGUUUCAUACUGACUACAGUUGUGACAUUGAGAGCGGCAGUGUGUGCGCUUAUCACCCAGGUAGUGUCCACUGCGUCGGAGCAAUUCAAGCCAGUCCUACGCUUGGAUCAGGACAGAAGUGCUGCUACGACAGCACUGGUGCCCUGGUGCUGACGGGAGACUCGACAGGUGGCAGCACCCCAGACAGGGCUCACGAUUGGGGCUCCCCUCCAUACAGGGAACCACCGCGGGUGCCAGGGUACUCCCACUGGCUUUAUGAUGUCAUGAGUUUCUACUACUGCUGCCUUUGGUCUGACCACUGCCACAUCUACCUCAGCCAGCGGCCUUCCAGCGGAUGUCGCAACUACCAGCCCCCAACAGCUGGUGUUGUCUUUGGGGAUCCACAUUUCAUAACGUUCGACGGCCUGAGCUACACUUUCAAUGGCAAAGGAGAGUACUACCUUGUGUCUUCGCCAGACAGAGAGCUGAGUGUUCAGGCCAGAACAGAACGGCUGAAACUCAAGAACGGCACCUUGGCCAGAGCCACAAGGCUGUCGUCAGUGGCUAUGAGGGAGAAGACCUCUGAUGUCAUCGAGGUGCGUCUAGCAGAGGAUCGCCUUCAGGUGCUGAGGAACCAAAAGGUCCUGCCUCUCACCGAGCAGAGAUGGAUGGACCUACACAGAGCGUUUGUGUUCGUCCCCAGUCCUCAGAAUGUGACAGUAAUGUUCCUCUCCGGUGUUGGCGUGGAGGUGCGUGUGCAUGAAGGAGUCAUGGCGGUGACUGUCCUGCUGCCAUCGGAGUUCGCCAACCACACCCGGGGUCUCCUUGGUCGGAUGAACUCUGACCCAUCAGAUGACAUGUUGACUCAACAGGGAGAGGUCAUCUCCACAGCUGACGCCACGCCGGAGCAGAUCUUCACCUUUGGAGCUGGCUGGAAUAUUUCAAAGACGUCUUCCCUUUUCACAUACGACUCAAAGUACCUUUUGGAUACUUACGGUUUCCCACCAAGCCACGACGCUGCCUUUGUUCCUGCCUUUUCUCUACCACCUGAGACACCUGAUGACCCUCUGGUGGCAGACAUGUUGACGACGUGCCGAGGAGAUGGGGCACAGUUCUGUAAAUUUGAUACCUUGACCACUCGGAGCCUGGCGGUGGGAAACGCCACACUCAGGGCCUACCAAAACCUCCAGGCCCUAAUGGAAGCCCUUCAGCCAGUGGUUUCUUGUGGUUGGCUUCCCACACCCAGCAAUGGGAAGAAGAAUGGGACAAAUUACCUAAAGGGGGACGCUCUGAGCUUCUCCUGCAGUGACGGCUACAUACUGUACGGUUCAACACAGCGCACCUGUCUGGUUGAUGGGACCUGGACAGGAGAGCAACCCUACUGUAUAACAGACGAUAAAGUGGGGUUUGUACUCGGCGCUGUUGGUUCCCUCUCAGCACUGGUCACGAUGGGAGUAAUGAUCAAACUGCACAACAGGAAACAAGACAGAGACAGAAAAGAGAAACGAGACCAGAUGGUGACCCAAGAACAGACUUGCUAAACCAUAGAAGUCCUUGUGGAUUACAGAUCACACCACUACACAGUGAAACCUUCAACUCCGUGGCAACAAAUAUGUUUAGCUGAGCAUUUGGAAAUCAUAUGCAGCCGUGUUGUUCGUUUGGAUGCUGGUCCUCUCUUGACCUGUUGACCUUAUCAGGAAAACCUCAGGCGCUAGUUAGGCUUUCAGCAUGUUGUUUGGCCUCAUGUUUUUCCUCUUGUUUAGUUUGGAAAACCUCCAGGUUGUGGUAAAUGGUGCAUGGGGUGAGGAUUGAGGGCAUUGAAGUAAAGGAAAAAUGUCACAGUUGUUUUUAUAUUCCUGUUUUGCAUGACUGAGCGUCCGAUCUUCGCUAGAGAGAGAAUUGUGUAAAUACUACGUAGAGAUAUCAUCAUUACAAUCAACACUCCCUUCUCCUGUUGAGUUUAAAAUAGGACCAGAUGUGUUCAUAUUCAUGUCAGUUGUGAAGCAAACCUGAUCAUUCUCUGGUUGAAAGACUUUGAACUCAUAUGCAGCCUUUGUGUGCGUUCACAGCCUUCAGUCAAACGAAGGGUUUUGCUGAGUGACUGAGUCAGAAAAAUCCGCAAAUGUUACAGAAAGGUCACGUCUCUGCACUCUAACUACUUCGUUUUCUCCACGCUAUUACAUAUCUGUAUUUGAAAACAACGACUGAAUGAAACAUCUUUAAAUAUUUUCAAUAAAAAUGAACAA